GGGAUCGAUCGCGGGCGAGCGUCUCCGUCUCCAACCUGAGUCCUCCAGCAUCCCGGCUUCCACCGCGUUCGCCUGGAGAGAAGGACGAGGAGCGAGGAGGCAGUUGCUGCUGGAGCUGAAGGGGGCGGCUUUGAAAAAGAGCAACACACACACACAGACUUAGGGAGGGAAAGCGAGACGAAUUCGGGAUAAAAGGAACGAGCCGGCAACCAUGCAUUGGGGGACGGAGCUCUGGGAUCAAUUUGACAAUAUAGAGAAGCACACACAGUGGGGUAUCGACUUCUUGGAAAGAUAUACAAAAUUUGUGAAAGAGAGAUUAGACAUAGAACAGAGCUAUGCAAAACAAUUGAGGAACCUUGUUAAGAAAUAUGGUCCCAAACGUUCAAGCAAAGAUGAAGAACCCAGAUUUACCUACUGUCAAUCCUUCUUUCAAGUUCUUAAUGAACUCAAUGACUAUGCUGGUCAACGUGAAGUUGUUGCGGAAGAGAUAGGCCACAGAGUCUAUGGGGAGCUCAUGAGAUAUUCUCAUGAACUGAAAAUGGAAAGGAAAGCUCACCUACAAGAAGGACGUAAAGCCCAGCAGUACCUUGACACAUGCUGGAAACAGAUGGAUAAUAGUAAAAAGAAGUUUGAGAGAGAAUGCAAAGAGACUGAGAAGGCGCAGCUGUGUUAUGAGAGACUAGACUCUGACCAUAAUGCAACAAAAGCAGAUGUUGAAAAGGCAAAACAACAAUUAAAUCUUCGAACCCACAUGGCCGAUGAAUGCAAAAAUGAAUAUGCUGCACAACUGCAGAAUUUCAAUAGUGAACAACAAAAGCAUUUCCAGUUCAUCAUGCCUCAGAUUUUUAAGAAUCUGCAAGACAUGGAUGAGCGAAGAAUUGUCAAAUUAAGUGAGUGUUAUAGAGGAUUUGCAGAAGCUGAGCGUAGAGUUGUUCCAAUUAUCAAUAAAUGUUUAGAGGGAAUGAUCAGCGCUGCAAAGUCUGUGGAUGAUCGCAAAGACUCUCUGAUAGUAGUGGAAUCCUUUAAAUCAGGUUUUGAACCUCCUGGAGACUUUCCAUUUGAAGACUUCAGCCAGAAUAUUUAUAGGACAGUGUCUGAUGGCAGUCUGAGUGCGCAAAGACAAGAGAUGAGGGGGGACCAGAAGUACACAAUAGGAAAAAGCAAAGGAAAACUUUGGCCUUUUGGCAAGAAAAGCAAGGGAACUGUGUCAGAAGACUUUAGUCAUCUGCCACCAGAACAGAGGCGCAAGAAACUGCAACAAAGGAUUGAUGAACUUAACAAGGAGUUGCAAAAAGAAAUGGAUCAAAGAGAUGCCUUAAACAAAAUGAAAGAUGUUUAUGAACGAAAUCCUCAGAUGGGUGAUUCUGGAAGCUUGAACCCAAAAAUUUCAGAGACCAUGUGUAACAUUGACAAACUCCGUCAUGAGAUUCAAAAGCAUGAGAUGUGGCUCUUUGAGGUUGAAAACAGAACAUGUCCAAGAGGAGAUAGACGAUUAAGUGGUGGCACUGCAUUUGAACGACCUGCUGAAAUUAACCAUCAUGGAACACCUGGCAGGGAAAGUCCUGAAGGGAGCUACACAGAUGAUCCAAAUCAAGAGCUGAGAGGAAACCAGAGAUAUCCAGACCCUCAGCGUGCACCUGAAUUUGAUGAUGAAUUUGAAGAUGAUGAACCUCUCCCUGCAGUUGGUCACUGCAAAGCUCUGUAUCCAUUUGAUGGACAAAAUGAAGGGACAUUAGCAAUGCGAGAAGGAGAGGUUUUGUAUGUUAUUGAAGAAGAUAAAGGAGAUGGCUGGACAAGAACACGCAAACAGAAUGGACAAGAAGGCUAUGUGCCAACAUCAUAUGUAGAUAUUACUCUAGAGAAAAACAGUAAAGGUGCAGUGACCUAUAUAUAAAUAUAAGAUGCUGAAAUCCAGUUAUGCAGAUGUGGGAAAUGUAUUAAUUUAAAUGGCUAAAGGAAUAAUAGAAAAACAUUGAGUCGAAUUCUUAAAAUAUGUUCCUAUGCAUAAUUCUUUGUUCACUAUGUGAGCUGAACUUUUAAAUUGUGAUUUUAUUCUUAAAGUUAUCCUUAAUGCAGAAAUGCAAACCCUGAAUUAUUCCACAUCAUAGUAUUUGGAAACUCUCUAGUAUUGUUUUUUAAAAAAAGCAUUAAUCCUUCCCAAUAUUCCUGAUGCCUUAACUUUUGUGUAUGUGUAAAUAUUAUAAAUAUAUAGGUGAGGGUUCUUGGUGUUUUAUAUUUUUUAAUCCAUCAUUGAAACAGUGGUUUUCAGACUUUUUAUUGGAACAUAAUUUUUUUAGCUCUCAAAAUAGUAAUCUAGAUAAAAACCAAUAGUCCAUUUCUUUAGUUAUAACCAUUUAAGCCAAAACAAUUGUGAUUCAUAAUAAAUAACUUUGAAUACUGGUGGUGGGAGGGCACAUGAAAGUGUUUCUUAAAUUCAUGUUUCAUUUUCAAAACCCGAAAAGCUGCAUUUUGCCUAAUAAAUGCUUUGUUAUUACUUGAGUAUUUUGCCAAUUAUCAAGAUGAAAAUCUGACUUUAACUAAUUUAGCUAAACAUCAUUCAAAACCUGCGUGCAAGUGUGAUAAUUUUGAUGUUGCAUAGUUAAUGAGUUCUAACUUGUAAAGUUUCACCUUUUACCUUUUUUUUGUUUGUUCCAGCUGAAUUUAGUAACGGUGCUUUCUUUCUUUUCCCCUCUGGACUGCAGGUUCCUGAAUUGGUGUGUGGGUUCUUGAAACAUUGGGCGAGGCAUUGAAGGAGGUUGCAUGCAGCUUUUUUUGGGUGGGGAAAGGCACUGGUUGAAAGAUUUGAGGCUGGUAGAUGAGGAGGGAGGAGGAAACUGCAUGUUUGAUAUUUAUUUUGCUACUAACACAAUUAACACAAUUCUAACUAUGAUUCACAUGGUAUCCGGUGAAUCAACAGUACAGUAUUCCAUAGGUCUUAAUCAAUGCCAAAGGUUUAUCUGACCCAGGUGAAGUGCAUUCAAGAUGACUUUACCAUCAGAUAGGUUAAUUAGAAAUUAUAGUGCUGUCUGCCUGUGCCAUCCUACAUGCUCGCCCUAACAUGCUAUUGCAUGCUUUUGUAAAUCACGCUAAAUAUUCACUUCAGAAAUGUCUAGACUGUACUGUGGUUGGCCUGUUUUGUUGUUGUGCAGUCCCCACGUUGUCAAGCUUAAUUUCUUCUCCAGUGUUUCACAUUUGUAGUUCCAUUCCAUUUUACAUUUUGUGCUGCUACCAGAACUGCAUGGUGAUAGUGUUGUGUUGACUACCAGUGUUGAGGAGGUCGGACAAACCUGUAGGUGCAACUUUUCAUUGUCUGUGUAUAGCUUAUGAAUUCUCCUCCCUCCUUGCUUUUGGCCCACAUAUUUUCUUGUGUAUUGGAUUGAAUAUUGAAGACUGAGUCAAUGGAAACACACCUGAAAAACAGCAUUGCUUCAGGAAAAUAAGAAUGACUCAUUAUGAAGAGACACAACUGGGCACAAACUUUGAGAGAUGUGUAUCAUGAACUCUGAGAAGACACACCAAUCAUUUAUCACUAUCUCACUGUAUAGCUGCUGCCUUAAAUCAACUGUUUUAACAAGAGUGCCUAAAUCUGCUGACUGCCAUUGUUUCCAGUAGUCUUUUUUUGAAGCUUACAUUUGUGCAGACUCAUGGCAGCUCAUCAAUUUUGAUUGACUUGUGUAUUCUCUCGGUACUGCAGCUGCUGAUGUAGUCAUGUCUAGUAUAUAAAAAAGGUACCAGAGGAAUUGUGCUACUAAAAUUUCUGUCGAUAUUUAUAUUGUUUUUAAUACUAAAGGUUUGUAUUUGUUAACCAGAUUUAUUUGAAAUGAAUGUUUUUCAAUUAGAAUUUUGUAAUUUUUUUAAUUCUGGUUGAAUUUUAUGAAUAACAAGUUCAUAGCUGAAUAGCUGUGCAGGUCCUCUAAUUUGGUGUCGUCACCAUCAAAAUAUGUGAAUAUAUUGACUCUUGUGGAUAUUGUAUGUAUGUAACCAAAACCAUGUGCACUUUUAUCCAGUUGAGCAGUAACGCAAGUGCAGAUGUUCUUUUUUUCUCCUAGAAUACGUAAAGCUGCAUGCGAUGCAAAGUUUGUUCUUGUGAUGAAGUCCAAACUGUAGUUUUCUUUCAGUGCUGUAAUAAAUAUAUAAUCUUUCAUCAAUUUCAAGGCCACUGACCUUAGAAUCACCCAUCGGAAAUUUGCUUUAAAUUCAAAAAUUUUUGAUUGCUGGGCUACUUGAAACUUUAUAAUUGGCAGAAGAUGCAUCUUCUCAGCAGUACCUUGAAAUGAUCUAAGAUAUUUUAUGACUCCAAGCUGUAUACUGCAGAGGGGACCAUUCGUACUUAUUUGAAAAUUUGAAAUUUUAGAUAAAACAGAGCAAAGGUGUGGUCAAUUAGGCGAAUAAGAUUUGGUGCUUUGACUCAAAUCUGUUUGCUACUAUUAUCAGGUUCAAUUACCUGUUUAGAAAUUACAAAUGUGAAACUAUCUUCUGUCUAUAUCCAUUGUAUUAAUUACUGGAAACAAUAUAUUUACAUUUACUCCUUCGUAUAACAUUUUACAAUGUUUCCAGACCAAAUUGCACAUGCCAACCACAAUAAAACAUUGCCUGACUAUCUGCCAUUUACAGUGAUCAACAUGAGUCCCGCUGACACUGAUAAAUAUGUGGAAGCCUUCAGUUGCAAUAAAAGUAAGGCAUUUUCUGUUAAACAAUUCUUAAUUCUUUUCCACUGUGAAUUUCUGGUGAGUGAAUAUAAUUUCUGGCAGGCUAAUUGCAGAGUUAUCAAACAUACGCUCAUUAUCUUUAAAUGUUCAGAUGAACUUGGAUUAAAUGAUUUUUCUAAAAACAACUUUUAAAAGAAUUUUGAAGUUUCCAUGCUUCUUUGUAUUCAAGUAUGUGUAUUUUUAAGUGUUAGUUCACUAUAAAUUUGCAACAUGGUGGCACAUAAUCUUUUCAUUGUGCAUUUCUGAAGUAAACCACUAUUAAAAUAUUGGCAAUGGUAUGUUGAGUACUCUUCCAAGUAGACACUAAGUAGAUCUGAGUUGUCUUAAUUUUUACAGCAAUUUAACUGUGAAAGUUGUAGAAUGUAAUAGAAAAGCUACUUUUUCCAUAGCUGUAUAUCUGAAGUUAGGUAAGUGAAACAGACGGUUAUCCAAUUUGUAAUGUUGUAAUGCUUUUGCUUUGUACGUAAUUUUAGGUAUGCUGCUUUUUGUGAGGAAAUCAACAAAUAUAAAUAAAGAGGCAACAGUUUGAAGGAGAGUUCUUCUCUUGCACAUUACAAAAUUUUUCAUAUGUAUACAGUGUGAGGGGAUCUGGUUAAAACUGUAACUGACAAUGUGUCAGACAAAGUAGAAUGUAGGGCGAAAAGCAGCCACGGUUUUGAAUUAAUGAUCUUUAUGCACAUGUUGAUUUUAAAAACAUUGUUGAUAUACUGUUUAAAAUACUUUGUUGAGAACUGUUGAAAUAAAUUAAUGUAUUCCACACA